AUGAUUAUAAUACUAUGUAGUCGAUGUUUUCUAAAACGAGCCGAUCUUGUUAUACCUUGUAUAUCAAAAACAUACAUUUCCCAUUUUAUGCGUACGCCUGCAGCAAUAAUAAAAUCAAAUAGUAAACCCUUAGUAAACAUAUUUGGUGCAACAUCUGCUUUUUCCCUGUGGCAUUUAAAGACAAACUGGUGGCGUGUAAAUGCUGCAACUACAGCAAAACCAACAAGAAGCUCUCCUCCUAAGAAAAUUUUAUCAUACCAUCGUGGCCAAUCAGAACAAAUAGAAAAAUUUGACUGGAAUCUAUUUUGGAAAUAUUUGAAGCCUCAAAUAUGGAUUAUUGGAUUAGCGACUGCUACGGCCUUAAUUGUAGCAUAUUUAAAUGUUCAAAUUCCGCUUGAAUUAGGAAAUCUAAUCAAUGUUGUCUCGUCAUUACUGUACACAAAUCAGAAUAAUACAUCACCCCAAACAAUUAAAGAUAUUUUAUAUCAGCCUACAGUGAAAUUGAUCAAAUUAUACAUUUAUCAGGCUUUGGCCACAUUUGAAUACAUAACUUUAUUAUCUAUAGCUGGUGAACGAAUAGCAUCAUCAAUUCGACAUGAUUUAUUUCAAAAUAUUUUAUGCCUAGAUAUAGAAUUUUUUGAUAAAACAAAAACAGGAGAAAUUAUGGAUAGAUUAACGUCGGAUGUUCAAGAAUUUAAAAGUAGUUUUAAAUUAUUAAUAUCGCAAGGAAUGAGAGCUGGAACACAGGUAUCAAAAUCAACUGCCAUUGCUUAUGAAGCUAUAGGAAAUAUUCGUACGACAAGAGCAUUCGGAAUGGAAUCAAAAGAACAUCAACUGUUCAAAGAUGAAGUAGAUAAAUCGACUGAUAUGAAUAUUAAACUUGGUCUUGGAAUAGGCAUAUUUCAAGGACUAAAUAAUCUUGUUAUGAACGCUGUUGUUCUUGGCACAAUAGCGUUGGGUGGCCAAUAUGUAUCGGAUAAUCGUUUGAAUGCGGGUGAUCUAAUGGCAUUUUUAGUGGCAACACAAACAAUUCAAAGGUCGCUCACACAAAUAUCCGUUCUCAUUGGUCAAGCUAUUCGCGGUACUAGCGCCGGUGCAAGAAUACAUGAGUAUCAAAAAUUUCAAGGUAAAAUUCCGCUACAUGGUGGUUUAACCAUACCGUAUCAUUCACUUGUUGGUGACGUGAAAUUUUCAAAUGUUACAUUUUCAUAUCCUACGAGAAAUGAACAAACCGUAUUAGAAAACUUUAGUUUCACAAUUCCAGCCGGUAAGACGGUGGCUAUUUGUGGCCCGAGUGGAUCAGGAAAAUCAACGUUAUGUUCGUUACUUGUUCGAUUUUAUGAUCCUCUUUCUGGCACAAUAACAAUUGAUGGGCAAGAUAUUAGAAAAAUGGAUCCCACAUGGUUGAGAGGAAAAACAAUUGGCAUGAUUAAUCAAGAGCCUACGUUAUUUUCAACUUCUUUACUCGAAAAUAUUCGUUUUGGCGAACCAGAUGCCUCUGAUGAAGAAGUUUAUAAUGCCGCUAAAUUAGCCAACGCACAUGAGUUUAUAGAAACAUUUCCAGAUUCUUAUCAAACAAUUGUUGGUGAAAGAGGAAUUACUAUUUCAGGUGGUCAAAGACAGAGGAUUGCUAUAGCUCGCGCUUUAUUGAAAAAUCCUUCGAUACUAGUUUUAGAUGAAGCAACCAGUGCAUUGGAUGCUGAGGCCGAAAAACAAGUUCAGACAGCUAUAAACAAUGUUUCACAAGCACAUAGACUAAGUACAAUACGUAAUGCUGAUAUUAUUGGAGUAAUGUUUCGUGGUAAAUUAGUCGAGAUUGGUACUCAUUCUGAAUUAAUUAAAAAAAAUGGAAUUUAUUCCGAGUUAAUGCGUAUUCAACAAGCAGGAUUUGAUAUUAUUUAA